UAAAUAUAUAAAGCUAAAUAUAUAUUUCAUAUGACCUUGACUGUUUUACUCAUUGAAUAUUUACGUUUUGCAAAAAGAUGCAAAAACAAAGAGAAACGUUUAAGAUGCUUAUUGUACUCAUGUAGAUUUUUCUAUGCAACUGUGAUUACAUUCCCUGACAUUUGACAAGCUAGCACUGAGUAUUUUAUGUUGAGCUCACACUGAAGUUUUGCUGAAUUUAGGGCAAUGUAGUAAAUCGUGAACAUGUUAAGAAAUACUAGACUAGUAUAUAUAUAUAGUGAGAUAAUUAGCGAGAGUUAGAAUUCAUUAUGGGUCUUUAAUUAAUCUGAACAUUGCUUUGAACCCUCGUAUCAUUUAUUAAUCUGCGUGUUGGUUUUUGAAAAUACAAAAAAAGUCUUGACAUAUACUGGAUAAACCUUUUUUCCUUGUAGCCACGUAAUCACAAAUCAGGGUCCUUUGAGAAAUUCAAUAUAUAAAAAUAAAUCAAUGGUUGCUUUUACAUGGUGAUGUAUAUCUGCAUUACAAGUGUUCAUAACCGGUUUUGUAGAGCAAGACUUCCCGGUGAGACUUCAGCCCAGACAUGAGACUUCCAUCCGGAUAUUGUGUAAAUUAAGCUGUCUUAUUUCUUCAAGAUGUUAAGUGCGAGUGAAUACAUUCUAUAACCGAAUGAAAUAUGCUAUCAAUGAUAUGGUGACAUUUUGAUUUGAAUUAACUUUUAACAUUACAUCCAUGCUACGAAGAUUUGCCUGUUCUUGAAAUGGGAGACAAGUUUGUAGGUCGUUGUAAAUUAAUGAAUGAUUUGAAAGAGAACUGGAAACAAAACAGAAUUCUUGGAAUUUCUGGAUCGAUGAGUGUCGGUAAAACUCGAUAUGUUAAGGAAUUUCUUCGGGACUUGAAGAAGUCUGAUGAGAAUGACAAAUAUAAGAUUGUUGCCAUAGACUUCAGAUCUGUUGAAACGUUCGAGGAGUAUUUUAAAACUAUUGCUAGUUGUCAAGGGAUAUCGAUACAGGAUGCAAAAGCGAUAGUUCAAUGUGUGAAAAGCAGUGAAUAUGUCUACAUAUUUCACCAUGACCACCAAGAAUUAGCUAAAUUGAAGUCUAGCUCUGGCGGGGAACUAACGAAAACUUCUCAAGACAGUCUUUGGGACAAAAUUUACGAAAGUAUCGUGAAAAAACUCUUAGAAGACACCAACAAUUUUUUUCUCAUUAUUUCCUCUACCGACGAGUUUAGAUUUGUUGGAUUUCGAAACCUUACUUGGAGUCAAAAGCUUCCGGAACUUACGGAGGAUGAGUCGUUGGAACUUCUUGAUGGAGUUUGGUCGUCUGCAGAGAAGGACAAAGAAUCCUGUCGGCAUAUUGUUAGACUCUGCAAUGGUGUUCCGUCAGCAAUUAUCAACACAGGCCUUCUUUUGGAUGAGGGCGCUUUUGACGUCCAGGAGGCAAUAUGUUUAUUAUUGAAACACAUCAUUCAAUUCCUUAGUGACGAAUCCCUUCCAAAUUCGGAGACAUUACGCAGACAGCUGCUUUGUCGAUGGAAUAAUUUAAACAGCGCUCAAAUGGACCAUUUGGUGAAAAGUCUUGUAAUCAUUAAAAACACCUGUCGAAUAACAGUUAAGGCGCUAGCCGGACUGCAUCAAGAGUAUGACAGCGUUGCUGAAUUCAAGUUGCUUAAUUUGCUGCCGCUGCUGAGGAGAAAUCUUCUAUCUGUCAACAAGGACGACAACUCUGUGAUAGCUUGUCCUUUGAUUCAGCAUAUGCUAGCGGCUGUGGAUUAUAUUGAUACAGAUGCACUUCGAAAAGAAAUAAAAGCACAGAUUUUAGCCUUACUGGAGCCAAACGCGGAAGAUGGUGAUAACUGUUGCAAGUCAUUGCCAAAAGAGUCGACAUAUGUUAACGAACUUUCAGAAGACAAUGCGCAGUCAGCAGACGUCCAACGACCACCAGGCAUAACCAUACAUUGUCGACAAUCAUUGUGGAAUGAGGAUAACAACGAACUCACGAAAAACUUGCGAGAAACACCGAUGGAAAGCAACCAGUUAGAGGCCACUCAUCCAGAACAGUCUUUAAACCUAAGCACUGAUGAAAACAAAUUUCAAGAUUUGAAAAACCCUUCAGGAUUUCAAGAGAGUCGACAGAAUUCAUUUAUAAGAGACAAUUUGGACCGUGAAUUUUCAAAGAAAGGAUGUGUUUAUGAAGAUAAGGACAUGCAUUGCAGCGGGGAUUUUUCAAAUUCUAAACAAGAUUCUGCUACAGAUAGAAAACAAUCUAACCUAGACCACAGCACUGAUCAUUCUCUAGACAGUGUUGCUAAUUCGGAUAAGCCAGAUAUGUCAGAAUAUAAAAUUGGUCCUGAAAUUUCGUUAUCAGGCGAGCUUUCCUCAAGCAAUAGAAUAUUUCUUCGAAGUCCAGGCUAUCAAACGAAUAACUCUGAACCAAAUGCUGGAUCAAGCUCCCUUAAUCAAUCACUCCCGUCACUCACCCAGGGGGAUCAACUAGUUACUGUCUCUGGUUUAAAGUCAAUUGAAACAAACGGAAGUAGGUGCAAUCAAGACGGGGCUGAUGCCAAUUCAGAAGGCAGAAAGCACAUGUCUCAGUCAUUUCAGACGUCUCCAAAGAACAAACUUGGUGAAGCAUUAAGUAGGACAAGGGUCGAACCCGAAACGAACAUUCCAGGUCCCUCUCUUCAACUCGACGUCACGCUCAGUGGUGAAUCAAAUAAUUCCUUCCAGAAUUUGCACCCUGCUCAAACUUCACAAGAAGGCCAAAAUGUACAGUCAAUUGACGUACACGCACAGAACCAAUCAAAUACAGGUUCUCCAACAACACUCAGUUUGGAAGCAGAAGCAGAAGGUCAGAAUCGUUCGAAUAGUUGUUCAAAUAUCAGAUUUCUGAUAGAUGAUAGAAGCUAUUCGUGUGAUGACAGCAACCGUCCACAAGUACAAAAAUGCCCAACAUUGGAGCAAGGCACAUUAAUGGAAGAAAAAGCUAGAGGUUUUCCUAACCAAAACGCCAAUGGCUCCCAAACACAACACAUGUCGUGUGAUGUUUCAGAGAGUACUUCCGGCGUCUCCAUCGAAAAUGAAUCACGUGACAGUGAGAGAACGAGUUCGGAAGAAAGCGAAACCAAUGAAACGACGAGUUCUGUAUCAUCUUUAUCCAUUAGGGGAUUGAUGCAAGGAAUUGUAGAGUUAUAUAAGAGUACUGAAUAAACGAAAAAGAGAAGCGAGUGAGAGAACACUUAAAGUUUAAAUUUUAAGGCAUUAUUUAAUACUGUCAUCCGAGCAUUAUGUACAAUAUUUAGUUUUAUGACGAUUUGCUUGUUUGUUAAGCAUUGACUUUUUCAUAAAAAUUAUAGAUUAUCAAUGAUACAUAACAGUAGUAUGUGUUAAGAAGUUUGAUGUUAUUUUCUAUUUUCUAUUCUGAGCUGCGAUCUCACUGAAGUAUUACGACAAGGGUUUAGACUGUCUGUAAUUUUUGCUCAGUAUUAUCAUUUUUGUUAUAUACGUAGAUGUUGAAGACUUAUUGAAUCUUGUUAAUAGGAAUCAAUGGCAUUUAAAUCAUUGGUUACAAUGAAGUAUAUUACUUGAUGACAUUUUGAAAUAUUGUCUGUUUAUUUUACGUGCCAGUUUUAAUUUACAAAAAAUUCAGUUCUUUUUUUCUUAUUUUAUUUUAUUUUGCAUAAUGUAUUCCAUUUUUUCAAAAAGCAUAAUACACUCUUGAUUAUAUUAUUCUUCUGAUGUAAAUGGUUUCUUUUUAUCAUUUCUUUUUUUUUUAUUUAUGUAUUUUCUAUGAUAUUUUUAAUGCGUCUUGAUUACAACACUGAUCAUAAUCAAAUUAUAUAUGAAGUAUACUCAAAUGUUCAUCCAUACUUAGGUACCCAAGUGCCUCUUUAGAUUUGUACAAUCAAAAUGUUGUGUUCAAGAGGGUUUUUUUUUAAGGGGGGGUUCCUUCUAAGCCAUUUUUAAGCCCCCUCCCUUUUCCAUGUUUAUAGUUCAUGGUAUGGUGCUUUUAAAUUAAACUAAAACUAUAAUAUGUUACGCCAAAAUACAAAAACAAGAGAAAUCAUUUAUUUAUAUAACAUUCAUCAGUCUGUUCAUACUGUCAUGUUGUAAAUUUUAAUUUACUGGGUGGGUGUAAAUACAAAAUUUACAACAUAACCAUAUGUACGGAAUUAAGUUGCCGUAUUUAUGAAUACAUAUGUACUAGGGUAUUACACAUUAUUUUACAAAAAUGUAAUUCAGUCAAAUUUAAUAGAGGAAAAAAUUUGGGAUCUAAAA